AAGUUUGAGGAAGCGCUUCACAAACUAGUUCACUGUUUAGUGGCGGAUUCGCUUAACCAGAGUACAAGGCACCCGGAAUCCAGAACAGGAGGAAAGAAGAGCCGCUGUGCAUCAAAAGCCAUGGCAGAGGGCUUGAAGUUCGAAGAUGUGGCCAUUUUCUUCUCUCAAAAGGAGUGGGAAUGCUUGCACUCUACCCAAAAGGAUUUGUACCGAGAUAUAAUGUUGGAAAAUUAUAACAACCUGAUCUCACUGGGACUUUGUAAUUCUAAGCCAGAUGUGAUCUCCUUAUUGGAACAGGGGAAAGAGCCCUGGAUUGUUAAAAGGAAGGAGGCAAAAGAAUGGUGCCCAGAUUGGGAGUCCAGAAGAGAAACCAAGAAUUUAUCUCCAAAGGAGGGUAGUUAUGAAAUUAAAUCAUUGCAACCAAAGAUAACAAAAAGACCUAUAAGUUCUAACCUUGUGUGUACUAGGGUCAAAGAUAAUAGUGAAAUCAAAUGCUACUUGGAGAAACAACAGGAUGGACAUUUCAAAUCAGUGGUAAUGACCUCUGAAGAAAGGUCUGCUUCUAUUCAGUGUACAGUCAAUAGACUACCUCAGAUAAUUCAUACUGGAGUGAAAUGUGAAUGCAAGGAAUGUAAGGAAGCUUUCAGUUACCAAGCAUACCACCUCCAACAUGAACGCAGUCAUAAUAAGGAAAAGAGCUCUAAAUAUGGAGACUAUGAUAAAGCCUUUAAUAGUAGAUCAGACUUGAUUAAGCAUCAGAGAAUUCAUAAAAGAAAGAAAAGUAAUGAACAUGAGAAAUGUGCCUUUAUUCAGGACUCUGAAAUUACUAAACCUCAGAGCAUUAAUACUGGUGAGAAAGCUCAUAAAUGUAAGGAAUGUGGGAAAGCCUUUCAUUCUAGCUCACAACUUACAAAACAUCAAAGGAUUCAUAUUGGUGAGAAACCCUAUAAAUGUAAGGAGUGUGAGAAGGCAUUUCCAUCUACCUCACAACUUAAUUUACAUCAUAGAAUUCAUACAGAUGAGAAAUACUAUGAAUGUAAGGAAUGUGGAAAAGCCUUCACCCGUCCCUCACACCUUUUUCGACAUCAGAGAAUCCAUACAGGUGAGAAACCCCAUAAAUGUAAGGAAUGUGGUAAAGCUUUUCGUUAUGAUACACAACUUAGUCUUCAUCAAAUAAGUCAUACUGGUGAAAGACACUAUGAAUGUAAGGAAUGUGGAAAGGCAUAUAGUUGUGCCUCUCAACUGAAUCUGCAUCAAAGAAUUCAUACUGGUGAGAAACCUCAUAAAUGUAAGGAGUGUGGGAAAGCUUUUAUCUCUGAUUCACAUCUUAUUCGACAUCAGAGUGUUCAUACUGGAGAGAAACCAUAUAAAUGUAAGGAAUGUGGGAAGUCCUUUCGCCGUGGCUCAGAACUUAUUCGACAUCAGAGAGCUCACAGUGGUGAGAAACCCUAUAAAUGUAAGGAAUGUGGAAUGGCUUUUACUUGUAGCACAGAACUUAUUCGACAUAGAAAAAUUCACACUGGUGAGAGACCCCAUAAAUGUAAGGAAUGUGAGAAGGCUUUUAUACGAAGGUCAGAACUUACUCAUCACCAGAGAAGUCAUACUGGUGAAAAACCAUAUGAGUGUAAGGAAUGUGGGAAGGCCUUUGGUCGUGGCUCAGAACUUAAUCGACACCAGAAAAUUCACACUGGUGAGAAACCUUAUGAAUGUAAGCAAUGUGGAAAAGCCUUUAUUCGUGGCUCACACCUUAGUCAACAUAAAAAAAUUCAUGCAGCAUAGAGGAAUGAAUGAAGACAUGAGGGACAGUUCAGAAUUUAAUUGUAAUCUGAAGUUCAUACUAGUAAAAUAGAAACAAACAAAAACCCCUGUGAUUAUAAGGAAUGUGGGAAAGCAUUUGAGGAUAACAAUUUAAUAUCAGAGUUUGUACUGUAGAUAUAAAGUCUUUAUUUAAGGGCCAGAAUUUAUUGAGCAUUUGUUACUGAUGAGAAACCUUAUAAAUGUUAGGAAUUGGAAGCAUUUAUUUGUGUUUUCAAAUUAAUUUGAUAUCAGUUCAAUUGGUGCAAAAGCAAAAACCUUCAUGAAUGUAAGGAAAGUGUGAAGGCAGCAAAUGUGUUAGAGACAUUAAUCAUUUAUUUUUUUAAAAAUAUAUUUUAUUGAUUUUUUACAGAGAGGAAGGGAGAGAGAUAGAGAGAAACAUCGAUGAGAGAGAAACAUCGAUCAGCUGCCUCCUGCACAUCUCCUACUGGGGAUGUGCCUGCAACCAAGGUACAUGCCCUUGACCGGAAUCAAACCCGGGACCCUUCAGUCCGCAGGCCGACGCUCCAUCCACUGAGCCAAACCGGUUUCGGCGACAUUAAUCAUUUAAACCUUUCUCAACAUCAGGGUCAUUAACCUUUAAGGGAAAUAAAAGGAUUUAUAAUAUAAUUGGCAUAUAUGUGGGACACCAAUUUGUUUUAGCUAACAAGUUAUUUAUCUGAUAGUCAUACUUGAUGAAGGCUAUAUUAAUAUUAAAAUUGUAGAAAAUUAGUUUACCCUGCCCAAAUCUUGUUCAGAUUUGCAAACUUAUUUUCUAAAAUUAACUUGAACUAAAUCAGAGUGGGAAAGGAUUUAACCAAUAUUUAGUCUUUAUUUGCCUUCACCACUAUAACUCAUUUUUAUAGGGCAAAUUACUUAACUAUGUCUAAAUUUUCUCAUUUAUAAAUUGGUAAUAUUAGCACCAUAUUUUUAGUAGCAUUGUGAAAAUUAAGUAAUUACAUUAUAUCCCAUAGAACAGUCUGUAUUGUAUUGAAAGUCUGCUAGAUAAGAGCUGCCUUUAUUAUUAAUAAGCGUUUUUUAUUUUCAUAAGUGUGUAUUAUUAGAGAAGCCUUUGGGGUUCAGUGACUAUAUGAACAUCUUAAUUCGUGUCUUUCUUUAUUGAAUUGUAAGUAAUUCCUUCUGGAGAAAAAUUAAAAACAAACUUUUAUCAUAGCUUAUAUUUUUGUCCCAUCAGAAGAUUCAUAAUGUAAAGAACCCCAGUAGAAUAAAAGUGGGUAGCUAUGAGGUCAGGGUGAAGACCUGGACGAUAUAUUAAGACCUUAAAAAAAUGACAUAGGGCACACUCUAUGGCUUCUGUUCUGGAUAAUUAGAAAAUAACAAAGCCUUAGUCUAAAUCCAUUUUUUUCUAUGUGGAAAUUUAAAAGAUAACUGUAUAAAUAUUUUUAUAUUAAAAGGCAAAUUAUCAUUCAUAAUGAAUGACAAAGAGAAGACUACAUGUUGAAAUUUGCAGGAUAUAGCAAUGCAAUACUUGAGGAAAAUUUACUUCUUUCAAUAUGUGUAGGAAACAGAAAAAAUUAAGGCAGGAUACUUUCCCACUUAACUAUACUUGGUACACUGCCCAUUCUCUGUUCCUGGUAGGUUCCCAGUAAACACUGAUGAUUGAAGGAAUAAGAGAAUGAAUGAAUAAGCAUUUGACCCUCAUAUGUUGAAAAGUUCUAACAAAAUAAUUAUAGGGCCAAAAAUGAAAGAAAACUUGAAAACAUUUUUUGAAAUGAAAAACACUGUAUCCUAUAAAGAAAAAAAUCUCAUGAAUAAGAGAGGAUAUAUAACUACAAAAGUGGAGGAUAUUUAAAGGAAUAAGACAAUAUUAUUGUGGCUGAUACUGUUGGUUGCCUAUUCAUUGGUAUUAACUAUUCUCCCUUUGCCAGGGUUACUUGCCACCCACUUAAGUCUAAAUGCAAGAUGCUUGCUCACCUAGUUUGCUUUGCAUCUUGGCAUAUGUAUACCAGUCCUGGCCAUAGGAGAAUUGAGCAAAAGUCUGCAAAUGAGCUUCAGUUAAGUUUUCUUUCCUAACAAAAUAGGAGGAAAUAGUCCUCUUUUAUACAGAAUGCAUGUCUAUAUGUCUGUGAUACCUGGAAUUAUGGCCAUUUUGCAACCAGAGGGGUAAGAGACAGAUUGGCAUGGGAUAGGUUGGAAUUACCUUUGUCCUUAACAUUGUUGAGCUGAUGAAACAAUUCAGAACUGCCCCGUUCUUGGACCUGCUGUGAAAUAAGAAACUCCAUCAUAUCUGUUAUAAGUUUAUACUCAACUUUUCAUAAUAUAUUUGAGUCUCAGGAAAAAAUAUUUUUAUGAAUAUACACAUUUAUUCAACUUUAUUUAGUAAGAUGGGACAUUGUUUAUCAUAUUUUUACAGUAUAACAAAUUGUGGAAAAGCAUUACUUUCUUCAACAUAUAUUAAUACCUUGGACAUAUUUCAGGUAUGGUUUAAGAGCACUACAAUAUAUUGAGUAUGGCAUUAAAGUGAGUCAUGAUCCUUUUGCUUUUGGAGAGUCUUGCCUUCAAUUUGUAAAAACAAAAAAAAUGUAACAUCUGUGACAUGCAAUAAAGCAAACUACAAUAUGCCUA